UGAACAAGAAGCAUUGAGACUAUCCCGAAUAUAAAAGAUUAGUUAUUUACUUUAACUUUCCGUAUUUUACGUUUGCUUUUGCAAAUCAUUAAUCCACAUUGUAAUAUGGAAGAAACAACUCUUGUUCGGGAACAGCACAGGUUUAACACUGUCAAUCUUCAGCGAUAUCUGUCAGGAAAGACACAAGGUGUGUCCAACAAUGACUCGUUCGCUGUCAGACAAUACAGUGCUGGACAGUCCAACCCCACUUUCCUUAUUCAGACGCCUUCUAAAAGCUAUGUCCUGAGAAAGAAACCUCCCGGUAUCCUGCUUCCAGGGGCUCACAAGGUGGACAGGGAAUAUCGGGUGCAGAAAGCACUUUUCUCUGCAGGCUUUCCAGUACCCCAGCCAUUAAUACACUGCACUGACGCCAGUGUGAUCGGAACCGAGUUCUACCUGAUGGAACAUGUAGAGGGACGUAUUUUCCGGGAUCUGAGGCUCCCGGGUUUGAGUGCCCCGGAGAGGGCAGCGCUGUACGUGGCGGCAGUGGAGGUCCUGGCCCGUCUUCACUCACUGGACCUUGCCUCACUAAACCUAGAAGGUUAUGGGAAAGGGCCUGGCUACUGCAAAAGACAGGUGUAUACCUGGACAAAGCAGUACAGAGCAGCUGCCCACAAAGAUAUCCCAGUGAUGGAUAAUCUCUCUGAUUGGCUGUUGAGCAACCUGCCCACCAAUGACAAUGAAGUUGCCCUUGUCCAUGGGGAUUUUCGAGUGGACAACCUGAUAUUCCAUCCUACUGAGGCACGUGUUGUGGCUGUGUUGGAUUGGGAGCUCUCCACCACUGGCCAGCCAAUGGCAGACCUGGCCUACUUCCUGAUGCCCAACUAUUGGCCCAGUAGCCUCAACCUCUUAAGCAGCAUGGGUAGCCUGAAGGGUGUGGACGGUGUGCCAUCCCCUGAAGACCUAAUCACUAUCUACUCCCGCUGUCGGAGUAUCCCAUCUUCUCUGCCUCAGCUCAACUUCUACCUGGCCCUGUCUAUCUUUAAGAUGGCCGGGAUUGCUCAAGGGAUCUAUGCACGCCAUCUCCUGGGCAAUGCCAGCGCUCCGAACGCGGACCAGUUUGGCCAGAGUGUAGAGCCACUGGCUCAGGUUGGGUUGCAGAUAGCAGAGAGCCGCUUAGAGUCAGUCCCAGCGGAUGCAAGACUGUUUCUCCAGACAGCCAAAGGUCAGGCGGUUCACCAGCAGGUCACGGAUUUCAUGAAGCAACACGUCCUUCCUGCUCAACAGGAAGUGGCAGAUUACUACUCCAAACACGCCCACUCGCCUCAGAGAUGGCACACACCACAAGUGAUCGAGGAUCUGAAGGCGAAGGCCAGAGAGGCAGGACUGUGGAACCUCUUCUUGCCAUCCGUCAGUGGUCUCAGUCAGCUGGACUACGCCCAUAUCGCGGAGGAGACCGGACGAUGCGUCUACGCUCCCGACGUCUUCAACUGCCAGGCCCCAGACACCGGGAAUAUGGAGGUCCUCCACAUGUUCGGCACCGAGGAGCAGAAGAGACGGUGGCUCCAGCCCCUGCUCGCCGGAGAGAUCCGUUCCUGCUUCUGCAUGACUGAGCCGGAUGUGGCCUCCAGUGACGCCACCAACAUGGAGUGCCGCCUUCGGAGGGAGCGCGACCAGUACGUCGUGCAUGGCAGGAAGUGGUGGAGCAGCGGUGCCGGUAACCCGAAAUGCAAGGUGGCCAUCGUGAUGUGCAAGAGCGGCUCGCCUGAGAACAGGCACGGUCAGCACAGUAUGAUCCUGGUCCCGCUGGACACCCCCGGCGUGAACGUGGUCAGACCGCUGACUGUAUUUGGACAGGAUGAUGCUGUUCAUGGUGGCCAUUUUGAGAUCCACUUCAACAACGUUCGCGUGCCUGCUUCCAACAUUCUUUUGGGUGAGGGCCGAGGCUUUGACAUCGCCCAGGGUCGUCUCGGGCCUGGCAGACUGCAUCACUGCAUGAGGGCUGUAGGAGCUGCAGAAUGGGCACUGGAGCUUCUGUGCCAACGCGCAGCCCACAGACACGCCUUCGGCAAAAAGCUCUACCAGCAUGAAGUAGUGGCCCAUUGGGUGGCGGAGUGUCGCCUGGCCAUUGACCAGACUCGCCUGCUGACCCUCCACGCGGCCCACGCCCUGGACACACUGGGCAGCAGAAGGGCCAGGAAACAGAUUGCCAUGAUCAAGGUGGUGGCAGCCAGAAUGGUGUGUAAGGUGGUUGACUGUGCCAUCCAGGUCUAUGGAGGCGCCGGUGUAUCUGGAGACUUCCCUCUUGCGCAGAUACAAAUUCCACGGUCAGACGAACUCUGUGAGAUGGGAAAAAUGCUUUUUUCGACAGGCUGGCCCAACUUGACACUGAGCCUCACACAGACAACAGCCUCACACAGACAAAUGCAGAGGCAUUAUGGAAAGGCAGAGCACUGCAAAUGUAGGGAAUUUCCUCUUCAUAGUAGUGAUGAAUUACCAUUUUUGUAGCUGUUAGGAUUGUGGCUCUCCAGAAUUCCGGGUUGGAGAAUACUCAGAAUCCAGAAAUAAAAAGUAGGAAGCUUUUUUUAAAAUGAUUUCAAAUGUUGACGUUGGCACUAAUAGAGUCUACAGUAUUCAGUCACAUAACAUUUACCUAACAUAUUUUGACAGCCUUUUAUCCAAACCCACACUGUCUCUCUCUUCCUCUACUCUCAUGGCUUCAUGGUAUUUAAAUAUAUUUAAUAGCGAAUUUGGAUGCGACUGUAUUACCAGAAUAUAGUUAUUUAAAAAAUAUCGG